AUGGUUUUCGACCGCGUGGACUCGCUGCGUCGUCAUCGACUCGUGCAUCGGAGGGAGAGGGAGGAUGCGCCUCGGACGGUCAGGGCUUGUGACCGGUGCCACGCGAGUAAGACGAGAUGUGAUGGGGAAUAUCCUUGCGAUGUUUGUUUGAGAAGAAAUUUGAGAUGCACGUUCGAUCGGUUGACGAAGGUUGGAACUGGGUCUGGGCCUGGGCUUACGGGUGGGAACUCAUACGAGCACUCGCAGGCGAAGUCACCACCGGAAACAACAAAUGAUGCGACAACGACUCGAGGCGAUAUCGCCCGACAAACCGCAAUAUCCGGCCCCGAGAUCCAAGACCUCCUCCUCCAGCACGAGAGCAACCUCCGCGAGAAAGGCCUCCUGGGUACCCCUCCCCGGAGUCCGCAGCCUCAGAACCAAGGAAAAGACCUGGACAUCGACAAAUACGUCGCGGUGUACUUCUCUCACUUCCACUAUCAAUGGCCGGUCGUCCAUCGCUUCUCCUUCGGAGGGACCAGGACCGAGCCGCAGGUUUUGGUGCUGGCUCUCGCUAUGAUUGGGCUUUGGGUUACCGGCGAGAAGAGUGCACGGGAGAGGGCAGAGAGUAUGCAUGAAAAGUUACUCGCGCUGCUUGAGAAUCGCAUGGACGAGUGGAAGCUUGACCGGGAAUUCACAAACAAAUCGUGGCCCAUGAGCACAUACCAAACCAUAGUCCUGAACAUCAUCUUCGCCAUCAUCCGGGACGUCAAUAAAGACAUUUACGACCGCUGCCGUAUCCUCCUCGACGCCGUAACGGCAACCUGCAUAACCGGCGGCCUUUUCAACUUUUCCAAAAUGCACGCUCUGCUGGAACCAGCCGACUCGGUGCUCUACUCCUGGACAUACAUGGAAGAAACGAAGCGUCUCGCGUUGACUAUUUUCAAACUCAACCACCACUUCAACACGGGCAUACUCCGCCUCUCGGACCUGCGCUUCCCUCUCCCCGACAGCGGGUAUCUAUGGGAUGCGCCCGAAACGAAGGACUUCUACCGGCGAUUCCACGCGCAAGUCGAAUCCGGAACACGGCCUUGUGUAGAUACGUCACCGCAAUUGAUAUGCGACAUCGUGAGUGAUGUCAGGGAAGGACGCAAGGGCCUUGGGCUUCUCUUCGAAGCCGACAGUUGGCUGGGGUUUGUUGUGCAGCAAGCAAGCAGGCUCUGA